AUGGUGCGGCAUGUCAAGCGCACGCCGCACGGCGUGACGAUCACCGAGCUUGAUACUGGUCCCGACCAUAUCUCUUUCUCUCGAACUACCACGUCGGUGUCUGGCGGGCGCGGACACUCCAGCACACGCUCUUCCACGAGUCUUUCGGCUGUUCAGUCCAGCACUCGGCAUGACAGCUUGGACGAGUCACACAUCCAGUCUAUCAUGGAGGCCAUGAACGACAUGGCGGAGAUGAGCUCGCUCUUCGAUCGCAUCUCUUUGGGGGGACGCAGUGAGCGCGAGCAGCGUGGAAGGAAAGAGCCUCAGCGUGAGCGAGCGGAGCGACUCUUCGCGAAGGAACAGCGUGCGCAACGUCGCUUGAACGAGCGCAUUUCUCGCGCCAACGGCUACCAGGAGUACGCGCCGCCUGACCCGUUCGGUGCUCAAGGCGCAGGGCGCAGCUCACGUCGUCGCGCAGGAUCCGUCGAGGAGAUGCCAUCAACCACCGGAUACGAGCAGCGCAUCCCUAACCGCUAUGCGACGGGCUCGUCAUCAUCGAGCAGGUCUGGCGACCGCUACGGCCGCAUGCGGAUGCCAGACCCCUUCGAGAGGUUUGAGGAGACGCUGCGCGACUUCCCCUUCUCAGGCAUUGGAGCCGGCUUCGCGUUCCGCCCAUUCGACUUUGGUGGGAUGCCCUCAGGCUCUCGUGCCCCUCCGAUGGCUGGGCGCACCGACGACGACGUCGCCGCCGUGCACACCCGUAUCCCCGCGAGGCGAACCCCGACUAUACCUCUGAGCACCGCUACUACGAACAUCUGGGCGAGGGCUUCGCCAACCCUUUCUGGGCGCCUCGCGACGGUGGAGCCGCUCGUGCCGCCCGUGCCCAGAGCGAGGAGCGCGCCCGGUUCGGCUACGCCAGGGCACUAUGACGACAGGGCGGAGCGUGCCGCCGAGGCCGAACGCAGGGAGCGCGCGAAGAAACUGGAGAAGGAACGUGCAGCCAAGCGUGCCGAGCAGCGGCAGGCAUGGGUUAAGCGCUCGGCAGCGCUGUUCACGACGGGCGAGAUCCAGAGCGUCCGCCUUACGUUCCAGGACAUCCCGUGGCCCAUCUACGCUGCCAAGGGUGGCGAGGUCGAGUACAUCGUCACCCUUGACGACCUGUGCACCAAGAACGUCAAGGAGUUCCUCCUCGACCUUGCCCGCGACAAGACCGAGAUGGAGUACGAGGCUGCGCGCAAGAAGGUCCUCAGGGACGCCAUCCGCAUGUUCCAUCCCGAUCGCUGGCACCGCGUCCUUCCCCGCGUCGAGGAGGCGGAGCGCGAUAACGUCAAGGACGGCGUUGAGCUUUGCUCGCGCAUCAUCAACGACCUCCUCAGCCAGUAA